UAUUCCUCAGAAAGAGUUUUAAAUUAUUUUCGUGAAAUUUUACGUAAAAAUUCUACCUGACCGAGGACCGGUUUCCUCGAGUUGAUACUUGAUGUAAUAGCAUUUUUUUCUUGUCAUUACACCACGUAACCCGUUAGCUUAAAGUAAUAAUUUAAAAGCUGAGCUCCUUUGCCAGCCAGAAGCUAACUGAACGGUUUUGCCAGAUUUCGCUGUGUUUUGACUGCGGGCGAUGGGUGGCUGCUCCGCUCCGAACUGCUCCAACUCAACCAGCAUCGGCAAACAGCUGUUCAGGUUCCCCAAAGACCCCGUACGGAAGAAGAAAUGGGUGGUGAACUGUCGACGUGACUUUGAACCAACUCCUCACUCCAGACUGUGUCAAGACCAUUUUGAGCAGAGCCAGUUUGAGGAAAUAGCCAGAUCUCCGGCUGGGGGAAAGAAGCUGAAGCCUAAUGCUAUCCCCACCCUGUUCAGUGUUGGAGACCCUCCGUACCCCGCAGUCACCACCUCAUACAUCCUGAUACCACUGAAACCUGAACCAGUGGAGAAGGAGCUGAACUUUGGGGACCACGGUUAUGCCAGACGGACUCCUCUGCCCGGGCUGGAGGAGGAGGAUGCAGACAGGACGGCUGAAGACCAGCAGCCCUGCACACAGUGUCAGCUACUGAAGAAACAGCUGGAGCAGGAGAUGCAGCACACUGCAAGGCUGCAGAAAGAGGCAGAAGAGAUGAAGAAGCGUCUGUAUCGGCUCGACCGGAUUGAGAAAGGUCUCCAAAACUUUCUGUACGAGGACCAGAUCCGGGCCCUGUCCCUCACAAAACGUUCCCGUCGGGCCGUCUGGUCUCCAGAGACGAUCCUGAAGGCCCGAAAGAUCCGCUGUGCGGUCGGCACCAAAGGCUACGAGUACCUGAGAGAGAUCGGUUAUCCGUUACCCUCCUAUAGGACUCUCUGUAACCGACUGGAGACUAAGAUCAUGGUGACGACUGACAUGAGCUGCGAGGAGCUGGCAGAGCUCGGCCUCGGACUCAUGGCCACGUGUGACAGUCCCACAGGAGCUGUUGGAGACAACGAUGAGGAGGAACUGAUCAGUGUUUUGUCCUGAUCUGAGCAGUUUGCAUGAAUAACUGACUGAAGGGAGAGUUUGCCGUGUUAAACGUCUGCAGUGAUAGAAGCUUCUCAUGCUUCUCAUCUCACCUUUGGAAGAUUUAAGCAUCAAAUGUUUGCCUGUUAUGACUGAGAUGAUGAGGUCACUGAUCUAAAAUGUCACCUGGUUGUGUUUGCAGUUUACACCAUGAGAUGUCUUUGCUCAGACUUGCGGUUUGGUUAGAUUCAUGCUUGUGGUGUUUGUUACCAUGAAGAGCCACUAUAUGAGCUCGAACAUGCGAGACAAGCAUGCGCACCGUGUAGCCUACGAUAAUGCAGACUGUAAUUUAGAUGGAUGGGACUGUGUGGACAAAUAAUUUGCACAAAACCAGCUGAAUUUGUUGCUUGAUUUUAAGUUUGUCACAGCUGAUUCAGCAAGUAUUUCACUGACUGUUUACAUGCACAAUUAAAGCUAUUUUUGAGGAUAUUCAAGUGUACUGAGAACAGAUCCACAGUAAAGUGUAUUCUGACUCUUCCUGAUACAUUAUGUAGACUUUGUUUUUCAGUAAAAACAUUUAUUACUUAGUGGCACAGUGUGUGUAAAGCAAAACUAGGGAUAUAUGUCUGGGAUGACAUUUAACCCUCUGAACUCCAAGCAGUUUCUGAGCAGUUUUUUUUUUUACUCUUGGUGGGUUAUUUUUCACUGCAAUCUAAAGUUCUGCACCUCUGUGGAAACAGUGUCAAAGUAUACCAAAUUUAUGAUGCUGUAAGUCAUAAAUAAAAAAAGAAAGGUUACAUUUUUUUUUAACUAUUUAUUUUACAACUUUCAUAAAAAAAAAAAAAAACUGGCAUCAACAUGUGCAACAUUUUUCUCAGUGUCCACAGCUGUCACUAACACUAGAAAAGAAAAUGCAAGCUCUACAUGUUAAAGAUAUUUUCCGACUUAGAUUUAUGAAGAAAAUGUCCAACUUAUCUCCUAUCUGUUCUAUGUAAACACAGCCUGCAGUUCAGCUGAAUGUUCACUGAAUUUUUGUUUUAUGACUGUUGGUUAUAGCUGAGUCAUUUAGUGCUUCUCAUGCUUUUGCUAAGGAGCUCAGAUAUUUUGUUUUUCGUCACAAGCUCUGGUGCGAAUUUUAAUUUUGAUUAAAACAUCCAGAUUUUAAGCUUAGAUUUCAUUCGUUUUCCAGAUGGAAUCACUUUUGGCUCAAGGACAGACAACAGGUUUUGGGGUUCAGACGGUUAAAUGUGAACUCUGGGUUUCAGGCUCAAGUCAGUUUCUUUAAAUUACCUCUCUUUUUUAUAUACAUAUAUUUAAAUGUUAUCAACAGAAUUGGAUUAUCUGUAGCUUAAUUUGGUCAUAUUUUCACAAUGGAAACUUGCUGUUUUUAAAGAAGGUCCUAAAAUCAAUAGAUAAUGCUGGACUCACACUACAGGAGGUUCAGACUGAUUUACCUCCGCUGCACUCUUCCUUCCUCGUUACUGACACUAUUGUUAUGAUUAUUUCAUAUUGGGAUCAAAACUGUUUGAUAUUUAUAAGUUAAAAUUUUACAGCUUCAUUUAGCAGACGCUUUUAUCCAAAGCGACAUGCAUCUGAGAGUGGAUACAAUACAUACAUAAUCAGGAUAGUUACAAUCAUCACGCUCGGAGCAGUGGACAAACUGUAGCCCAUGAAGCUAAUGUUAGCUUCAGUUAUAAUAUCUGUAGCUUACUUCCAGUUCUCAAUGCACAAACCCUGUCCACCACAUCUUUCCAAACAUUUUCUCACCCAGACUAGUUUAGCCUUGUGCUUUUGUUUUGUCUAGUUUUUAAUUCACUGCAAAGUAUUAUCAGUGUUACAACAAGUUGCACCGCCGUUUCCAUUUUGUUUACAUCUGUUUCCCCAUGAGAUCGCAGGAAGUGGUGCAUCAAUCCCUCUGAAUUUUCAGAACUCCUGUAGUUUGAGCCCAGAAUAUGCAAGAAAAAAAGAAAAGAAAAAAUCCUCUACUGGUAAUUACCUGGUGUAAUGCUACGAUAAAUAAUCUGUAAUUUCUGUGUCAAUUGGUUCAGAAUGUGACCCUUUGUCCUAAUGUGAUCAAUUUUACGGUGUACUUGUAGUGACUGCAAAAGGUGUGGAAACAAAACUCAAUAUCCAAAACACAAGCAUUGUGGGAAAAUAAAGCGAAAGAAUGACC